CUGUGACGUCACGUGUAUUGCCCGUGUUCGUUCCAGCUGAGCGGAGUGCUCUCGGCGGCUAGAGCGCAAGCCGUGCCUCAACACUCAGAGAAAACUAAGGAGAGAGGGGGCCACAGAAAAAAACGACAGAGGGACUGUAUGGGAAAAAAGAGAAAGCAAAUAUCAGCCAACCAAUUGCACUGCGUCGCUGCAACCGCCUCGGUUACUCUUUGUUGUCAUUUGUCAUUUCUGCUGGACAUAGUUUUCUUUCCUUUCCUACUCCACGGUCUUGCGUUAAAUGUUGUUUUUCUAGUGCUUACAUUUUCAAAUAUUUGAAUAAUUCACUGGCGCAGCGUUAAUCUAAUUCUGUAUCCGACUUUGGCGCUGUCAUUCGAGUUGGAAAUGGACCACCUUUCUCAGUUUUUUUAAAUUUCUGUUUGGAACUGGUGAUCGGAAUAAUCCAACGCGGUCGGAUAACUAUUGGAAUAUAUUCACGUCGUAUGGAACUAUCUCCACUAUUUUUAACAUGAAGAGUCAGUCUGGUGUCUGAAAUCUUCAUUCAUCAUAAAGUUCUGAACACGUCACUCAUCUCGACUCGGCACCCUCAAGCGAUCCCGGGAGAUUACAACUCUAGACGGUGAUGUCCAGGCCGAUUUCGCAGCUUCUUCCUCCGGACCUUCACCACGCCGGAGCCAGUCCUCAGUUUGGAAAUUCCAAUCAGUCUUCAUACCCUCUCAGUGGCGGCCACUUGAAUCCUGCGGCCAACUUGAAGUCCCUCCUGCAGCUGCCAAUGAAGGGUGACCAACAACGAAGCAAAGACACUGAAAUGAAAGACAAAAAAACCAUUCUGGAUCUGGAUGAGGACUCGACGGGCCGCCACUCCAUGCGCAGUAGCAGCAGCAGCAGUGGAGGGAGCAGCAGCAGCAACAACAACAGCGGCGGCGAGGGCAACAACAGCAACAGCAGCAGCGGCAGCGGCAGCUUCUCCAACUCGACCUUCACGGGCCCGAUGAUGUGGGAGCGGACGCUACCCGUCGAUGGCGGACUCUUCCAGCUGCAGUACAUGGACCUGGAGGAGUUCCUGACCGAGAACGGCAUGGGCCAAAUGCACUCCACCUCCGGCUGCUCCAGCGCGGCACAGGUGCCCUCCCACAGCUCCCAGUCCGCCGUGCCCAACCAGAGCUCCCAGUGCCCCACCACCUCCCCGCUGCCCUGCUCUUCCGCCUCUUCUUCCUGCUCGUCCUCCUCGGCCUCCUCAUCGCCCACGCUGAUAGGGCUUGAAGUGCAGGCGCCACCAAACUUAAUGGGAGUCCCUGACUGUUUGCACGGAGGUCAUACAGCUGCCUUGGACCCCAAUCAGUCCCCCUCUCCUACCUCCUGUGCUCCAAUGGACACUCCACCAGAAACCGACGGCGACAGCGAAAUGGGCGAUAUGAGUGAAAUGGGCAACUAUGACACAGAGGCUUCUGACCUGGCAUUGUCCACUGUCCCUGGCCAGGAAUCGUUUGACCCACGGGGGCACCGUUUCAAUGACGACGAGUUAAAGCCACAGCCCAUGAUCAAGAAGGCACGCAAGAUGAUGGUGCCAGAGGACCUGAAGGUUAGCACAGCAGCAGAUCUGUCACAUCUACAAUGCAGAGAGAAAGAUGAUAAGUAUUGGUCCCGCCGCCAUAAGAACAAUGAGGCAGCCAAGCGCUCCCGUGAUGCACGACGGUUGAAGGAGAACCAGAUCUCCGUGCGCGCUUCCUUUCUGGAGCGCGAGAACGCUGCACUGCGACAGGAAGUGGCCGAUAUGCGCAAGGAGCUCGGCCGCUGCCGCAACCUCCUCAACAAGUACGAGAGUCGCCAUGGGGAUCAAUGAGGACCCGGAGGAGGAGGAUGAAGAGCAGCCAUGAAGCUCUCUGAAUGAAUGUUCUAGAGGAUGGGAGACAGAAAAGACACUGGUUGAACUGGGAGAUGGAAAAAUGGAGAAAGACUAGAUGGAAUAGACAAAGAAUGCAGAAGAUGUUCAGGGAGGGAGAGAUGAGGAGAAAUGAAGAUAGUUUUUAUCCGUGGAGAGAAGAGAUCUAAAGAAAGAUAUGUUGAGAAACUAAACAGCAGGUGUAUCUGUUUUUUUCUGCAGUGUGAUUUUAGACUGUUGAGAAAUGAAUUUUGGUAUUGGAGAGAUCUGUAUAUUUUUAUAUGAUAGAUAUAAAAGAUAGGGGAUGAAGCUAAUUUUGGAAAUAAUUUUUGUAUAUUUGUAUAUUUUUGUAUAUUUUUAUAUUUGUUAGAUGGAGAAAGAUAUGGAUUUUUAAAGAUCUGUGUAUAAUAGAAUAAUGGUAUAUUAGCAAUGGUCAGCACUUAAGAGGAAGCACAGUCGUGUGACCUCAAAGAAGAGGUGGGGUCUGGAGUGGAACAGGAGGAACGUCAUUACAUCAGAUGGGGAAAGACUGUAAAAUAUGAAACAGACACAUUACUUUAAAAUUGUAUAGUUCCAUUCAUUUAUUCUCAGAAUCCCUAAAGUCUUUGUUAUGUAUCUCUGGAUGAGCUUUUCAUUUGCCUCAGUGGUAAGAAGGAUAGAGGAAAGAGAAAUACAGAGAGAGAGAGAGAGAGAGGUGAAGAAACAGACAUAGCUGAACAGAUACACCACAGCUGUUUUCAUCUUUUGUUUCAUCUUGUGGAGAAGAUUACUCCCUUUUGUAUGAUGACUGUUGUCUUAGUUUCGUCUUUUUGGGGUAUUUGUGGGGUCCCGGCGAAACAGAUGAGUUUUACAUAUGAUGAAUGGGCGUAUUGAUGUUAUUUAAGUCUCUCGUCUUUUCGGUUUCUCAUUCUGUCUCCUUCAACCUCUCCCUCUCUUGCCCUUUCUGGAGUGUAAUUCCAAUCCAAGGUGUCAGAAGUAGUGAACUCUCUCUAGUCAGUACUGUAUUCUCUUCUUUAUUUGGUUGAUGGGAUCUAGAGGAGCAUUGUGAUCCUCUGAACAUCACGUCCAUCCUUAACUAGAUUACACACACACAAACCCACUAGAUACUCACAAUUACCCUUGAGCAACAUUCACCAGAAUUUUACAUUCACUAGUUUUGUUUGAAUUAGUUUGGAAGGAUUGUUGGCUAUACGUAAUACAUUGCUCUCUCUAUACCAAAAUUAGCUGUCUUUGUGUGUUUCUAAUAUGCAGAUAUAUUUUGUGAAUUGGGACUUUGCUAUCACAACAGUGAGUCUUUAAUUAAGCCUAUUUUAUUUAAAAAUGAAAUCCAGAGUUUAUUCUUCAGGGCAGCAUCUUUACUAUACACAAAAAUGAACUUCAGGUGGACAUGUUAUGAUAUUGAAGCAAACUAUCAUCUACUUCGCUUGCAAAUAUGGUGUAAAAAAGAUUUAUAAAUGUGAUGGGUGGAAUCUUCCAUUUCAGUCUGUAUGUGUUCAUCUCCUCAAUGACCAGUUUUUAAAGUAAUUACUGUUACUAUUAAUUAUUAUUGUUAAACUUAUAAUCUGUUACUGUUAUCACUUAAAAUGAUUGUUUUGCUCACUAUCUCUUUCUUUGAAACUUUCCUGAAAAAAAGAGAGAUUGCAGUUCCCCUACUGUCUCAGAGUUUUAUGUCAUAUCCUGUUUAUAACAGCAGCCCUUCACAUACUUUUGCCAGUUCUGUGGAGACCCUCCGACAGAGUCUUCAGAUACCCUUGUGGAUUUGUCACCUCCGUGAAAUGUGUUUGAGAAUCACAGACUCUCUCAACCCUCCCGGACACAGCCUGGGUUCACCCUGGACUUCACCCUCUCCCUUGGGUGUGGAAAUGGGUAGAUGUAUGCCUGGAUAUUGAGAACGAACUCUCAUUAGACUGAUAGUUUGCAUCUAUUCAAGCACACCACAAUUUUUUUCUUUUUCAUUUGUUGUUUGCAGCCUAUGUUCCAAUCAGUGGCGCUAUGCUAUCCCAACUGGAUUGUGGGUAAUGUUGUCCCUGUUUUCCCCCUCCGAAUGUGGAUGAUUAUGUACAUCUCUAAUUGUGUCUCUUAUCUGAACUGCAACUACUGAACUGCAUCAGUGGCGACCACUGUUCCUAGCCAAGGAGUGUUGUAGUCAGAAUGUCAGAGAACACAAAAUAAAAGAAAUGUUCUUACUCAA